AAGACUGAAGCUUUGAGCACCAGUAUGAAGUGGCUGUUGGUUCUUUGGAGUCUCUGUGUCUUAGCAGAUGCUUUAAAAAGGAUCCCUCUCCGUAAAAUGCCAUCCAUUCGCCAAUCUCUGCGGCAACUUGGAUUGAAAGUGUCGGAUGUCUCUCCUGAGGCUAAUUGGGACUUUCUAAUGAAGCCGAACAAUGGAACAGCCCCGACCAUCCUUACCAACUACCUGGAUACCCAAUACUUUGGGGAGAUCAGCAUCGGGACCCCGCCACAGAACUUCAAAGUCAUUUUCGACACUGGCUCUGCCAACCUCUGGAUACCAUCGACCAACUGUUCGCCCAUUUACACAGCUUGUUUUUCCCACAACAGAUAUGACUCCUCCACCUCAAGGACAUAUGAGGCCAAUGGACAAGGGUUUGCUAUUCAAUAUGGAUCUGGCAAUGUGAAGGGAUUCCUCAGUCAAGAUAUUGUAAUGGUGGCCAAUAUCCCAGUUAUCCAAGUGUUUGCUGAAGCUACUGCCUUGCCAGCUUAUCCUUUUAUCUUUGCCAAGUUUGAUGGGAUCCUGGGCAUGGGGUUCCGGACUAUUGCUAUUGACAACAUAAAGCCGGUGUUCGAGCGAAUCUUGGAUCAACAUGUUCUCAAUGAAGAAGUCUUUUCUGUUUACUAUAACAGAGACUCCAGAGGAACUCCAGGUGGAGAGAUGAUACUGGGGGGCACUGAUCCUUCCUACUACAGUGGUGAGUUCCACUAUCUGAACCUGCUCAAGAAAGGUUACUGGCAAAUCGAACUGAAAGGGAUUUCGGUCGGUGGAGAGAUGUUGUUCUGUCGUAAAGGCUGUGCAGCCAUUGUCGAUACUGGAUCCUCCUACAUCACUGGACCAGCCGCAGCAGUUUCCUCUCUAGUGAAUGCUAUUGGAGCCACGGUCCUAGAAGAGGGAGAGUACAUCGUGAACUGUGACAAAAUCCAUCUAUUGCCUCACAUUUCUUUCAACAUGGGAGGGAGGACCUAUUUAUUAAAGGGUGAAGACUACAUUAUGAAGGAAUCCCAGUUUGGAGAAGAUGUCUGCACAGUUACUUUUUCUGGACUUGAUAUCCCCCCGCCUGCUGGCCCUGUCUGGAUCCUGGGUGCCAACUUUAUUGGUCGAUAUUACACUGAAUUUGAUUACAAGAACAACAGGAUAGGUUUCGCCACUGCGAUCUGAACCAGACAUGUGCCAGGUUGCUUGAGUUAAGCUUUGAAGAACAUGGAUCACUCCACCGUUAUGGCAACCCUUUCCAUCACAAUGGUUUUCUUUUGACUUGGGCUCCAUCUGACCAGAUUAGCGGCUUUUAUAUCAGGAAUCUUAUUGUCACUGAUAUUGGCACUGGUGAUGUCUGGAAUUGUCAAAUUAGAACACCUGGAGCAGGAAUGGGAUAAAAGAAAAUCCAAUCUGCUCCUUCCACAGGCGAGCACAGUCUAUGUUAUCAUUCUUCCCCUUUCACUAUAUCUUUACACAAGCUUUGGCUCUAUAUUCCUCAAUACCUAUAGCUUGCAAAAUUCUACACCUUCAGCAGCUUCCUGACUUCUCACCUG